GGUAGCUAAAUGCCUAAUGUAUGGGACACCAUCCAGUGACAUUGAGACAGAGUUAGCUACAGUGCCACAGUCAACUCCCAAGAAGGCGUCAAGCAAAUCUGGUCAUCCAGCCAGUUUCAAAAUACUUCUUUCGAGUCCACAGACAAAAACCCCAAAACAACGUACAAAGCCUUCAUUAUCUGGCAUAUAUUUAGCACUCCCUCCUUCAUGGCAACAAACAGACCAGGCUGCCACUGCAUCUAGCCCAUCUUUAAAUGCCCCCCACACAGCCAGUGGACAUCAGAUUCUGUCUCAAGACCUAAGUGCUUCUGCAUCUAGUCCAUCUUUGACUGUCCCCUGCACAGCCAGUGAAGAUGUGUCACAAGGAGGCACAGAACAUUCUGAUGUGUUGGAGAUGAGCACAAGCCUUGGGGAAAUGGCUGUACAGGAUCCGUCGGACACCAGUUAUGCUAUAUCCAGCGACACACCCCCAUCUAGCAAAGACUCUUUUUCUGAUUCCGCCUCGGCCAGUGGAAAUGGAAAGAAGUGGUCUGAAAGAAAAUAGCUUGUAAACGAGUCAAAACUAUUAGAACUAUUUGCUCUCUGCAGAACAUGUGGCUCUGCCAUUGAAGACAAAACAAUUAUUACUCAGUCCAGCCAAAUCCGAGUUCAGUGGAAUUGCAUAAAUGAACACUCCGGAACAUGGUCUUCAUGUCCUGACAUCAGAGGAAUGCCAGCAAGCAAUCUCAUAAUCAGUGCAGCCACCUUCUUUACCGGCACCACCCACACCACCAUAAUGGACUGGGCUGAACUUUUCCACACAUCGAUUCCAAAGAAAACACAGUUUUAUGCACUUCAGUCUUCCUAAUUG